UAUAUGAAACAUGUUGUACUGAACAGUGCUACGUCCUUCAUUCGGAGCCGGGCGCGCCGCCGCGAGUCAUGAGCUCCCCUAAGCUCAGCGACCGCUGCCCCAGCAGCCUGGCCAACGCCAAGCUCACCAACGACUCAAAGGAGGACUCACUUGAUAACUCUAUAAGGGAGUCGAUAAAGUGUGAGCGCGGCAAGGGCGAGGAGGACUGGCGACGGCGCACCAUCAUCGUCGAGAAGAAGAACGGCUCGUACGGCUUCACUCUGCAGAGCUACGGCAUACACUACAAAAAGGAAGGAGAGAUCGAGGUAAUAACAUACGUGGAGCAGGUGGAGCCGCAGGGCGCGGCGGCGGCGGCGGGCAUGCGAGAGGGUGACGUCAUCCUCUCCAUAAACGGCGUCGACGUCGAGCAUGCCGACCACGCCGCCAUCGUCGACGCUAUAAACAGCUGCGACAGCAGAAUGCGCAUCGUCGUCAUUUUUGAGGACUGCGUGCGGAAGGUCGAACUCCAUCUCAAGUACAUCAAUAUACAGAGAGCCUUGCAAGCCAAAACGCGAGAACUGGAGCAGCUCACCGUCAGGGAGAGACAAAUAUUCGACGCCAACUGGAAGACGCAUAGUCUGCCGUCGCAAAAAAAGAAAUCGUCUCCAUCGGACGUCAUCUCGGAUAGCGAGGAGAACAACGUGGCUGAAAACGGUGGAUACUGCCGGCCGACGCUGUCCAGCGAGAACGUGACGAACACCAAACCGGCCACCGGCAGUGUGUUUAUGUAUCGGUACCUAGACCCGCGGUACGGCACCUGCAUCAUCCGGCCCGAUUUGCGCACCGGCAGCUUUGUCAUCACCGUAGGCUCGCCGCGCAACAGGCGCGACUGCCACCACUGCGUCAUUGAGACUUCGGGUGACACGCACCGAGUUUCCGAAGUCUACACGACCAGUAACGGAAAACAUGGUAAGGUCCACCGAAACAACCACAGCCACGGCUGCGGACCCUGUAUGCCACCUUAUAACAACCAGGAUGCGAACAGUCUCGAGGCGUACGACUUGGCUAGCCCGUGUUGCGAUCCACACUGCGUCCCUAACUCCAGGAAGAAGGUGAGAAGGAAAAAAGAAUGCUCGAAGGAACACAAGAGGAAAGAAAAAUCCCAGCAAGUCGAUAAGUCGACACAAAAGACAGAAAAUUGUGGUCACACGCACUCGAAGAAAACGUGUAACUCGGGUCAUUGCACCGGCCGCUACCGCUACCUGACGAGCGAGUCGACACAGACCAGCCGGUGCAGCUUGCAGUCGUACACGGCGAGCGACGCCACAGCGCCCUGCGAUAACUCCGCCUCCAGCUAUAGUACCUCGCUCAGCAGCGACACACUCUUUUGGGAUAAUGACCGUUCUGAGGCCAAGGCCUCCCCCAAGAUACAAUACCAAAGCUCUCACCAACACGUCAAGCCGAAGUCUUGGGAUAAUUUGACGACAAAAGCAUUCGGAGGUUACGGCUUCGGGUACGGCUACCUCGAUACUAGCGCCAAGCACUCGAGCAGGUCCAAGAGCCACGGUCGCAGCCACAGCGGGCGCAGCACUCAGACCCAUCACGAGUAUCAGCAGAAAUCGCAGGAGAAGCAUCAACAGCGCCAGAGCGGCACGCCGCACCACUACCCCGUGUGCAGUAGGAGCCGGAAUCACUUUCAACCCACCAAGUCCCAGGAGAGCCUAAUGGUAGUGCCCAAGUACAAGCUUGAGAGCGGCGGGUCAGAGAGCCGACUGGCGUGUGAGUGCGCCGAGCCCGGGGAGUACUACCGGCGCGCAGGACCCACCGACAGUCCCGCGGAGCCCUGCAACACUGGAUACUACUCACAGAGGUUCCUCUACCCCACGCACUCGUACAAGAAGAAAGAGUCCGCCGUCAGCUCAGAAAUAACUAGAUUAUAAGCAAUAAUUAAACGCACAAUGCUCAAUUCAACGCCUAAAUGUUAGUUUAAAUAAUCUUAGUAUAGUUUUAACUAUAAGUUAGCGGCUAGAGUCGUUAGUAUUUAGAAAACGAAUAACCCCGAUACGGAAGAUACAAAGAGAGAUAGAAAAACAGGGAGGAAAUGGAAGCAGGCAAGGGAAUUAAUAAAAAAGAAACAGGAAGAUGCUUGGUAUUUUGUAUUGUAAUGUUGACGUUAAAUUGAAUCACGCUUGAUCGAGCCGCAGUGAAUGGUUUUAUCGUGUGGUUAGAGUGUUGAGCUAAACAGUUGCAUGCAGAACAAACAACAAUAAUUUUGUCUAGAUCAAAAUCUAGUUUUAGUUUAGUACUGUUUUAUACUAUAAGUGCGGAUUGAAAUUUAAAAUCUUGAUUAAAAUUGCUCGAGUCCAAUGUUAAAUGUCCGUUUUCACAACGAAGACGUGUUAAACCGUCAUGUUUUUUGACCAAAAUUAUAAUAUUGUUCCGAGACACAUUGACUGUUGAUGACAAUUAUAGGUAGUUGUAUAGACAAAUCUUUUGCUCAAUAUAAGUACUUAGUUGUAUUUUACUUUCACACAUAAUUACUAAGAAAUAGAGUCAAGUUUGUGGCCUGAACAUACAAAAUACGCACACGUUGGAUAAUUAAACAAUAGACUGUUGUAUUCAGCCAUUAAAAUAUAAAAUGUACUUAUUUUAGGAAAUAAAAUUAUGCUUUAAUAUUGUGUAGUAACGUGAUGGAAAUAGACUUAGAUGUUGUAUUAUUGAGUCUGUUCGGUGCCGUAGUCUGCGCACCGCGCUCAUC